GCGCAAUGGGUGUACAGGCGUCUUCCACAUCGCUUCCCUCCGCCUUCAUACAACAGCUGGAUGAAUCCAGCGGUGCUUAACACAGCACCAGGAACUCAUAAGAUCAGAUUCCCCAAAACAAUACCCGCUUUUCUGUCUAACGGUGCAGCUACAGUGCAGAUCCAGAUCUGCGCGUCUGCUCCAUUCGGUGGCUCUUUGUUUCACAGUCGUCAGAUACGUGUUUUGUGCUGCAAUGAUUUGGUCUUAAUGUCAACAAAAUGAAGGGACGACGCAAAGUGGUUCGUUUAUUUGUGCGUUGCGGUCUGUAAACCUCCUUAAUAACGAGCUGUGACUCCGCGUCGCAGCCACAGCCUACGCGCGUAAAAGCGCAACGCCUGAAUUAAAGAGACUGGAGAAGACGGUUUGUGUCGGAUUAUGUGACUCUGGCUCUUAAUGGAGUUUUACGCACAGGGUGAACCCCCGAUCACUAUGUGUAAUGGCACACAGCUCAUUGGCCACAAAUUCACUGGAAGGCUCGACAUUAAAGCUGCGGAUUUGACGAGGUGCUGCCCCACAAAUCCGGGCUACAGCCGUUUUGGGCGCAUGUGAACAGAACGGGGAGACAGAUAACGCAGAUGCUCGCUCCUCUUCUCAUUUGGCUGGAUGGAUGGAUGGAUGCAAUAGGACGAGGCGCUGGGGACGGAGCGGUCAUGGCUGUUAACCACCAAGCUGGAGCUGGACCCGCCCACCGCUUCCUGUAUCCACCGAGCCGCGCUCCGCGACCAUGCUCCCCCAGUGCCAGCGAGCCCAGCGCUGACGCCCACCGUUCCGUCUGAGUAGGAGGUGGCAACAAAAGACCAAAUGCCAUGGAUGCAUUUAAUUUCACCUACUGGAACGCCUCUGAAGGCAAUGACACAGACAUUGUGCAGGAGAGAGAAAGCGCCUACAAGACUGUGGAGGUGGUGUUCAUCGUGCUGGUGGCUGGCUCGCUCAGCUUGGUUACAGUCAUUGGGAAUAUCUUGGUCAUGCUGUCCAUCAAAGUUAAUAGGAACUUACAGACUGUCAACAACUAUUUUUUAUUCAGCCUCGCAUGUGCUGACCUCAUUAUUGGACUGUGCUCCAUGAACUUGUACACGGUCUACAUAGUGAUAGGCUACUGGCCUCUGGGGCCGGUGGUCUGCGACCUGUGGCUGGCCUUGGACUAUGUCGUCAGCAACGCCUCGGUCAUGAACCUCCUCAUCAUAAGCUUUGACAGAUACUUCUGCGUCACCAAGCCCCUGAGCUACCCUGUCAAAAGGACCACCAAGAUGGCGGGCAUGAUGAUCGCCGCAGCCUGGGUCCUGUCCUUCAUCCUCUGGGCGCCGGCCAUUCUGUUCUGGCAGUUCAUCGUGGGGGGGCGCACGGUGCCGGAGAAGGAGUGCUACAUCCAGUUCUUCUCCAACGCGGCCGUCACCUUCGGCACGGCCAUCGCCGCCUUUUACCUGCCCGUCAUCAUCAUGAUCCAGCUCUACUGGCAGAUCUCCAGGGCGAGCAAGAGCCGCGUGAAGAAGGAGAACCGCAAACCCUCGGGGCCCAACCCAGAGCCGCUGUCGCCCGGGCAACGGAGGAACAACACACCGAAGCCCAACAACAACAACGUCCAAGGGGAGGACGCGGGGCAUUCCCACACCCAGAACGCCGACGACGGGCCCCACCAGCACGAUGGGAGGCUGCAGAACGGCAAAGGGCCCUCCUCCACGACCGCGGAGGGAGAAACCGAGGGCGACGACGGGGCCAGGGAGAACUGCGCUGCCGGGGAGGAGAAGGAGAGCUCCAACGACUCCACGUCCGGCAGCGUGGCCGCGUCCAACCAGAAGGACGAGGAGGCGGCGGCGCCCGCCGCCGGCGACGGCGCCGGGCCCGAGCCGCCGCAGGCGCGCCAGCGCUCCAAGGCGGGCGGCUCCAAGCUGACCUGCAUCAAGAUCAAGACCAAAUCACCCAAGGGGGACUGCUACACGCCGUCCAACGCCACGGUGGAGAUCGUCCCGGCCUCGGAGCGGCAGAACCACGUGGCGCGGAAGAUCGUGAAGAUGACCAAGCAGCCUCCCAACAAGAAGAAGAAGGCGGCGCCGUCGCGGGAGAAGAAGGUGACGCGCACCAUAAUGGCCAUCCUGGUGGCCUUCGUAGCCACCUGGACUCCUUACAACGUGAUGGUGCUCAUUAACACCUUCUGCUCCAGCUGCAUUCCCAACACAGUGUGGACUAUUGGCUACUGGCUGUGCUACAUCAACAGCACCAUCAACCCGGCCUGCUACGCCCUGUGCAACGUCACGUUUAAAAAGACAUUCAAACACCUCCUCCUCUGCCAGUAUAAGAAUAUUAGGUCGGCCAGAUAAAUAUGGGCCACAGGGAGGAAGUGGGAGAGGCUGUGUGUCUGUGAGCGUGUGUCAUCCGCGUGUGUGUGAGCGCGUGGGAGGUCACGACAGCGUUCUGUGCGCGUGAGUGUAUCUGGAAUCACGUUCCGUAAUUUGAUCAUGAGUUUUCCAAUUCUCUCAAUAACCGGUUGUAGCACUUUACACAAGUUCAACUGAUGCCAGUUGCAUUGAGACGUGUCGCGCAGAGGCAGAGGAGACGGGGAAGCUCGUUAAAUAUUCAGUGUUAUUCAGAGUUUUAAGCUCACAAACGAGGGUGUGUGGAAAAAAGCAGGGAGUGACACUGAGUUGAUUAAAAGAGCGACGAGACGAAGAGCGGGGGAGAUCUGCGGCGUGCGGGAACACAAGACAACUUGGGAAAAUAGGGCUGACUGAAUUUACAAACUUCAGAAGUUUGAAGUUCAGUGAAGAAAAUCUUGUAGAUACGUGUACAUAUCAGUGUAUACUCUACUUAGGUGUGCACGUGUGGGUGUGUGUGUGUUCAUUCUUUCUGUGUGUGUGUCUCAUCCAAGUGUUAGGUCACAUCAGGUCUACAACUGCCAUGAAUACACAUUACAGCUGCACUGGACCAACCAGUUGAGUCAAAUUACAAAAAAUAAAAGUCUCUAAUAAGUUUAUUUGAGCUGCUGCCGCUGAUUAGAUGCUUUUCGAAAAAUCAUCCUGCCCCAAAACUAUGCAGCUUUGAAAAAUUACGCUUUAAAUAUUCAUCACUGACGUGUCCUAAAUACACAAACCUCCCUCAGAACGGUUCUGUGCUGGAACUGUUCUAAACUGCCUGUCACACAAACCAUAGGCACUACAGAAUUUAACUUCUGAUCGCACAAUUCAAUAAUCUCCUUUAUACUAAGUAAGACUUAGUAUGUAGCAUAAACACCAGAAACCAAUGUCCAACUAGCAAAGAUCUCUUAUUGAUUCUGGGAAAAAUCUGAGUAAAAGCAAGUUACAUGCAGAAAUCGUCCAUUGUUUGAUAUUUGUCUCGCAAUACAAACCUGCGAGUCCAACAGACACCACGCUGGAACUGUUAAUGGCAAAAAUAGGACAUCACAUUGUUCAGUCACACUCCUCCACGUGCCAGCCGUCUGCGCUGCAUCACUUCAGCCACUACAGCUGCUGACAUCUGUCUGAUGUUUAUUUGAUGGGAUAAUAAUGUUUGCUGCUGGGAACCAUCGUGCAACAGGAGCUCAGAGCUGCGAAGGACUGUGGGAGGCUAGUUUUGCUGUGCGUGUGUGUGUGUGUGUGUGUGUGUGUGUGUGUGUGUGUGUGUGUGUGUGUGUGUGUGUGUGUGUGUUAUGACGAGACCUAGUGAAGUGACGUCACAACGCGACCUGGUUGUGCUUCUGAUCGUCUUCUGAUUUCAAUAAGGGCUAUUAUCACAUCUUUAUGUGUUUGUAAACAUCAUCUCCUUAAUUAUAAUUGUGACUCUUGCAGUAGAUUACAGGUAAUAAUAGCUGUGCGUACCUUCAUUAAACUGUAAUAAUAAAAUAGCAAUUUACUGUAAGACGUUCUGUGUGUUCAUGCAUGUCAUCCAUCAUUUCUCCACAUUAAGCAAUUCUCACAUACAUUACCAUGUUCUCACGCGUCAGAGUGAUGAAUGCGCGGGAGCAGGCGCCGUCAGGGGGCUGCCACAGUGGCUGGCAGGGGGGCUUAGCCAAGAAUUGCGCCUGCACUGAGCAGGUCCUCCAGGCGGACUCCUUAAAGAGAGAUCUGGGACAGAUCCUAUAAUGAAAACCCACCGUGGGGCUGAUCAGAUUACGGGACGACGUAGAACUCCUACAUUUCAGAUUAAAGAUCGCCCAUUACGCUCAGCUGGUGCCUUUGUGCCACAUGCCCACGCUCGGUUUCCACCCCAUGAAGCCAUGGCUGUAAUGGAGACGUAAAUAUCAUCUGUCCACUCGUUAGUUAGCUGUAUAAUCUGUUUUGCACACACAUACAAGCCUCGCGUCCUUUUCUUUGCUAAUUGUGACAGAAUUAACUCCCAGACGUACUGAAUUGGAAAUCUUUGCUGCAGCCACAGUCAAGGUGCAACCCUUAAUCUAAACGAGGGCCCUCCAAACUGCAGCCAGGGCUCGAUUUGCUGAAUGUGGAGAGAGGGAAGCAGGAAAUGAGACAGAUAAAGGAGGAGGCUCGGUCCAACAUAAGCAGGCUGCAAAGCCAAAAACAAUAAAGUCUGCACAAUCUGAUCUACUUCAGUCUAUUUGUAUAGUACUUGAUGUAUGUUUACAAGUCACACGAAAACUGUUCAGAGCAUUGUUGGCUUCUUCAUAAGGGAGAAAUUGGUCCAAGGUCCACAGACAGAUGUGGUCUUCAUGCAAUGUUACAGCACAGAGCAAUGCAUCAUUUUAGUAAACAAUUAUUCCACCGCUGCCACACAUACAUAAAUGCCAUGUUUAUCUAGCAGCAGUCUGAGGCAUUCGUCCAAGCUCAACAUCCGACCAUCCGUCACGUUGAUAAGUGGAGCCAUGUCUGUCUGACAUCCGUCACACAUCUCAGUAGUCAGCAAAGAGCCUUCCAGAAUAUCUGAUUAAUCUUUGCUAAGCUGUCGUUUGAGCGAUACCAGCAGGAGAGUAAGUGGCUCACAGCUCCAGGGGCGGUCCAGGGGUCCCCGCCGGAGCAGCUGCUCGGGUGUUUGAUGGAAGGUGACGGCAGCUUAUCACCUCCUGGGGAGGGGGGGGAAGGGUGAGCGGCAUCUGAAAAACAAAAGUGCUCUGUGGAGUUAUCGGAGGAGCAGAGCCUGUUGGAGAGACGUGAACAUCACGGCGUUCUUGUGCCAGCGCUUGUGUUUCACAUUGGGAACAAGCUUUGGAUUGUAGAGGUGCUUUGGGGGGGGGGGGUCUGUCAGUGACAAAAGCCAAAGCUGGAGGACGAGGCUGCGUGGGGACCAUGUUUGGAGAAGUCGCAGCGCUUCGCAGCAGCUCAGCCAAGCGUUCGCUGCAGGAAUUCAAGCGCGUGUGGACGCAGUGAUACAGCGCUGCUGAGCUUCGGCCGCGUCUCAUCCUCGUGCGGCGCUAACACACGCCAUCAUCCAUCCACACAACUCACACGUCAUCCCAACAACCACAUCAUCAUGUGCCGUCAGAGCCAGAUGGGCUCCUCUUCAUACGGCUUAUGUCAAAGGGCUACUCUCCUUUUACGGAGCGGUUAUCAGAACUCCAGUGGUUCUCCAGCGUCACUGCAUUGGGGCCAACGUUGAGAGAAGUCCAACCUUGUGCAGCCGUGCAGAAGUAAAAAAGGUUGUAGAGCUGCUGUGAGACAGAAACUGUAUAUAUCUAUAUAUAUAAAAAUAUAUUUAUAUCGCCAGAUUGUACAGAGCAAUUUGAAGUGCCUUAUACAGAAUAACAAACAAAUUGCUCUUUUAGUCUAAACAUCCCUGUUGAAUCUUUGCUGCACCUGAACGCUGCAGACGCUGCUGCAGCAGAGGUGCAUCACUGAUCCAACCCUCUGUUAGUUUAUGCGCUUCCCAGCUCUGAGCUCCCGUGAACAGCCGCCGCCCGACUGCGGAUGCACCUUGGACUGAACAUUUUGAACAUGGGUAGCUCCACGCCUCUUAGAAUGACUCAUCAAGCUUCACAGCGACAGCAGCGGCAUCAGCCAGCGUGAUCCUGCAGGAGGAGUUAUUUUGGCUGAUGUUCCGUCUAAUGAGUGCGUACGUCCACGUUUGUCACGCGGGAAACUGUGCUUUCCCCCUGCGUCAUGAUAUCAAGAUCAACGCUGUCAUUCGUGUGUGUGUGUGUGUGUGUGUGUGUGUGUGUGUGUGUGUGUGUGUGUGUGUGUGUGUGUGUGUGUGUGUGUCUUGCUGUGUGGUGUUUUAUUUUUUCCUCAGCAUGGAGACGUCAAACUGGACAAAAUACCGCAGCACACAUCAGGGAAGACGCACAGUGUGAUUGUGUCUGUCAUUCCUCUAAACAGGCUUCCAAAGACUCACGUAGACACAUGUUGCGUGGUACUGGGAUAUGUAGAAAUGCAUUAUAUUGUACAUUUUCUACCACAUUUUAUAAAUCUGUUUCUGUAGAAAUGUAGUAUUCAGAAGUAGGAUAUGAUCAGUGUACAGCUAAAGAGUCUUUUUGUUUUGCUAUGAACUAUGAAUAUAAACAUCGUGGGUGAUGAAAGAGGCAUUAUAAAAGUAGAAGGUAUAUUUCUGGAGGUGCGAUUUGCCAAGCAGUGAAUUCCUUGCUUUGAGUAACUGGAUCCAAACUUCCAGAGUGAUUUUUGCAGCCAGAGGGGAAAGUGGAGCCGAGAGGAGAAUGGGACAAAAGUCAAACUAGUCUGAGUGUGACCCCUGAGGUUCUGACUCCACCUGUACAUCGGCGGCUCGUUCGCUAUCUCACUGGACACGCUUAACUUUUGCAAUUUUUACAUCCUAGAGGGAAAGUGCUUCUUUUUAUUUAAAUACUUGUGGAGCAACCAAAGUGUUGAGUUCUCAGAACCGAUCUGAACUUUUUAAAGGGUCACAAUAAGCGUUAAUUUGAAACAAUCAGCAAACGAAAAAAAAAUCAUAAAAAUAAAGACAGUAGCCUGCUGCAAGUGUUAAAUGUACAUUCAAGUGUUCAUUUCUCAUUUGCUUCUGUAUGUAGGUGUCAUUGUGUAUUCACUUACUGUGGCUUGUGGCUUCUCUUGCAAUAGGAAAAAGAAAUUAACAGUCUAUUGUUUGCAAUGUAUAUAAAUCUAUAAUAAUACAUUAUAUGUAAUUCGGAUGCGGUACAUUUGAAAUGUACAUACACGUGUUUAUUAGCUACUAUCUGAAUGUGUUCCCCACAUUAUUCUCCCCGUUCCUUCUCCACUAUGAUACUUCCUGUACAGUACCGAUGUUAUGGAUUUCCUUUUUGAUGCAUUCUUGAUUACUUGUUCUGGACAAUGAGUGUUACCGUCACCGGCCACUUACGACACUGUAAGAUGAACUGCAUCACGUGGUUUCAUUGUGACAUAAUCUCAGAAUGAAAUUCAAAUAAAAACAUGGCAAAUGUG